AAUAAAGAGAGAGGGAGAAGGCGAGGUGGUUUUGUAAGAGUGAAAAGAGUGAAGGGGAAGGGAGAGAGGAGUGUGUUUUUAAUUCGUUUGUUUGUUGGAGACAUGAAGGCGUGACAUCUGGCCGGUGGAUUUUUCGUCGUCGUUGUCGUCUGAGUGGAGAUUGUUGGAGUUUUACAGUUUUUUUUUGUUGUUUUCUGCUGAGUGGAACGAUUUUGUGCAAGUUUCGCGGGAGAUUGGUGCAGUUUGCAGUGGAGCUAAAAGUAGGUCGUCUAUUCUACGUUAGUUUUCCAACACCGUUCUGACUAGUGCCGUCAUCAGGACAGUCACCACCACCGGACAGGAUCGGACUUCUUCCACUACUACAAGGACCAUCAACCGGUGAUCAAAUCAUCGCCAACAGUCUCCAGUCAUCAUCGUCGUCACCAUCCCCACCGCCAACGGUCGUGCUUCCAAGCAACAAUCGGGACAAGUGUCACCAUCGACGCCUGCACCAAACCAGCAGUCCCGACCUCAUCGAUGUCACUGGCAGUGGCAGUGCUGCCAGCAGGGGUGACGGCAAAAGUAGUGCCCCCAGCAUUGUAAGUGGUUGCUACAAAUUGCACUCGCAGAGCAGCGAAGUAGAAGGGCAAGCGGGAAAGAAGAAGCAGAAGAAGAAGAACAAAACCGCAUCCUCGACGACGUCGGCGUCGUCUUCGUUUCUCGCGGCGUCGGUCGCAGCAACCGAUCAGGUCCUCCUGAAACUAGUCCAACGGUUGGCGUCGCUGCGCAGCAGCAACAACAACCCCAAGAAGAAGAGCAAAAAGAAGAAACACUCGACGGAUUCGGCCGGAAGUGGCGCCGGUGACACCGCCCAGUGCAAAAAGCCCCGCUGCGAUACCCAAAGUGGCCAAAGUGGCAAUUACCAUGUUAUUGAGGCUGAAGAAGGGGAAGAAGACGCAGCUUCAAGUGGCCAUCCAGGCGCGAAAGUGAUUAGUGCUGCUGGCGGUGGGCAAAUUGAUUGCAUAACCUUCGGGGGAAAACGGGAGCAGGUAGAGGAGGAAGAAGAAGAAGCCGCCGUUGAUUGUGAUCUAGUGUUUUGUGAGGUGGAAAAGGCAGCUGCGUCAGGGGAAAUCCAAGCAGGUGGUGAUGAUGAGAUUUUCCCCGAGGAGGAGUUCGAGUGCGUCCACGGUUACUGUGAUGGGGUGGGAUGUGAUGGGCUAAGUUUUGUUGUGGGCAUUGUGGAAGAGGAAGAGCUAAGAGGAAGAAGACAGGAACAAGGUGUUGACGCGGAGGAGGAAGGAAGCUGCAGCAUGGGGGCCAACGUGUCGCGACACCACGAGAAGGGACUCACGGGACGGAGGGCGCAGUCGACUGACAAUCUCAAAUCGGACCAGAACUCCCCGUACCACCAGUACAACCACUACGGUGGGAAAAACAACAACACCGUCAGUAGCAACAACAACAACAACAAUAACAACCACCCGAAACAGCUGAAAUCCGUGCCACCGGAUCUUACCCCUGGAGAGGAGUUCCUUGGGAGUGGCAGUGGCAGCGGGACCGAACCGGACGAGCAGCUUCUCGAGCAGCAGCAGCAGCAGCAGCAAUUUUUGGCUUCCAACGGAAUUAAUCCGCACGAUAGGAACAAGUUCUGUGGCAGCUUGCCGAACCAUUUGGACGCGGACGAUGCGUGCGAGGCGAUUUUCAAGCAGAAUGAGUUUCUCCAAACGCACCUGAAAAACGUCCUCGCCAGUCACCAGCAGCAGCAGCCGGAAUAUGUGACGGUCGCAUCGUCCGGAACGUCAAAUGUGACCGGCGGCGGCGGCGGCCAUCAACCGAUGGCUGGGUCGUCAUCGUCGUCCCAACCACCUCCGUACCAUCAGCAGAGCUCGCCAUUUUACUCCAGCAGCAGUGGGAAAGGGUCCACCAUUUCGUCGACCGCCCUCGGCAGCAGCACAUUCCGGUCCGGGUCGGUCAGCGGGGGAGAACGUCCGGAUAUUCAGCUGAAGCUUCCGCUGCACCGGAUGUGCCCGUCGAUGGACACCGGAUACGAUCAGGGCUACGGCAGUGAACGAUCGCCGGAGGACGAGCUGCCGCCGCCACUGCUGCUGAUGCACGAGGCCCAGUACAACGAGAUACUGGCCACGUCCCAGCUGACCCAGCAGCCGCCGGCCAGCGUCAUCGAGCCGGACGACCUGCAGCGGUUCUGGAACUACGAGAAGGCCGCGGCCAGUUUGAUCGCCAGCGGCGAGUACAGCUUCAUUACCAAAGAUUCCGUGUUCCUGGUGCAGGUACCGAAGGGGACGCGCGGCCUGGGUCUGUCCGUGUCCGGCGGGUCGGACUCGAGUGCGCCCUUCCCCGGCCUGAUACGCAUCAAAAGACUGUUUCCCCACCAGGCGGCGUGGGCCACCGGGAUGCUGCAGCCCGGGGACAUCCUGCUCGAGGCGAACGGCAUCCCGCUGACCGGGCUGACCAAUUACGAAGCCCUGGAGGUGCUCCGGACCGCGCCCAACUACGUCACGCUGACCGUGUGCCGGCCCCAGGACGAACAGUACCGGAAGCUGUCCCCGCCGAGCGAACCGCCCCGGCCACCGCUGCGGAAUCCCCUCUCCAGUGAGCCCGCGUCCCAGCUGCAGUCGCCCCAACUUUCGUCCUGCUCGUCAUCCUCGUCAAACAUUGCGGCUGCUGCUGCCACCUCCAACAACAACAACCUUGGACAGCAGCAGCAGCUGUUGCACUUCCAGCAGAUGCAGCAGCAGCUUAGUCAGUACAACAACAACAACAACAGUCAGCAACAGAUGAUGCCAUAUUACUAUCCUCAGCAACAGCAGCAGUAUAUGUUUCCACCGCAGACGCUGGCUUUUGCCCCGGCCUCGGCGGCGGAUCCCAGCCAGAGUGGUUUCAGUGGGGAAUUCGAAAUCAUCCUCACCAAGCAGCAGGGCUCGCUCGGGUUCACCCUGCGCAAGGAAGACGAAUCCGUGCUCGGACACUACGUGCGUGCCCUCGUGCGCGAUCCCGCCCUCAACGACGGCCGCAUCCGACCCGGCGACAAAAUCGUCGCCGUCAACGACAUCCCCAUCUCGUCGAUGACCCACGAGGAGGCCGUCAUCUUCCUGCGACAGUCGGCGGAGGUGGUCAAACUGCGCCUCUACCGGGACCAAGCCCAGACUCCACUUUCGGCACAGAGUCCCACCUUUGGCCGGAGGACGGUCACGACGGACGGCGAGGAAUCUACGCCGUGUCACGGAACGACCAAGCCCAAACCAAAUCUCCGACCGGAAGCGUUAAACCUGCUCACGGACAUUGCCCACCGGAAGCAAUCCGCGACGACGACGACGGCGAGUAAUUCCGGCGGAGGUUCCACAAGCUCCUCGGUCAAAUCCAGCAACGCGUCCCCACGCAGGUUACGGCGAGGUCUGCAAGGUCAGAACUCCAAGCGCUCGUACGACAAUCAUGGCUUCCAAGAAACGUGCAGCAACUACUCCGACUCGGAAACGUCCACGAUCGUGAGUCAUCAGCAGAUGGUGGUGGCGGCGAUUCCGGGAUCCGGCGUUUACCACAGCGCAUCGUGUCGAUCGUGUCGUGGGGCGGGCACGACGGUGAUGAGCCAGCAGCAGCAGGUUCAGCUGAGCAGUCUGGAUGACCAAUACUACUGUGAUGAAGAAAUUGAGAGCUUGUACGAUGAGGAGGAUGAGGAGGGAGGCGAUGGGGCGCAGAAGAGAAGGCCCAACUUUCUGGAUUUGGCCGGGGAGGGUGGGAGUACGCCGAUGUCGUCGCGGAAGCCGAGAUUUCAGUUUUCGGUGGCCAACACGAACGCGUACGAGCUCAACAACCUGGACAACGAUGCGCUGGACGCGCCGACGAUGUACGCCCUCAAGGGCAGCACCGAUCCGACUGUGGCCGCUUCCGGUUCCGGCAGCAGCGACCGGGACCAGUUUAUGAGCCUGCCGUGCGAAACGUUCCUGGUGGCGUGCAAAACCGAACAGGACCUGAACGCGGACUCGACCGACGCGAUCUACGUGAAGCACUUUGCCCACAAAUCGCCACUUUAUUCGUCGGUGAAUGUUCCGUUGAAGGAGAACGUGAGCGAGGUGGUGGACGCGGUGGAGAAGGGAGGCAAAAAGAGCCUCAUGAAGUGGAAGGGCGCCACCCUGACGUCGGACGAGGACGACGAAAGCACGGCCAGCCCCGCCCAGCACCAAUCCAUGGACGGGUCGUCCCCCUCGCUAACGGGGUCGUCCUUCCCCACCAGCUCGACGCCGGACGCCGAAUCGAGCCUGGCGGCAACGUUCGGAACGACCACCGGCAGCACCACCACGCCGACCACCGAGCGGGAACUGGACACGGCCAACGACGACGGCGGCGGCCUGGACGGUGACGGGAAUAAGAUUUUCACCGUCGAGCUGAACAAGGGCUGGAACAGCCGGCUCGGGUUCAGCCUGAAGCAGGAUCCGGACAGCAGGCGGCCGGCGAUCAGUGCGAUCUACAGCGAGAGUGUCGCCGCCAAGGACGGACGGCUGCGGGUCGGCGAUCAGCUGCUGACGGUCAACGACGAAUCGGUGGAAUCGAUGUCCACCGGCCAGGUGAUCGACCUGCUCCGCAUCAUUCGGGGCUCAAUCUGUCUGCGGUUGGUUCGCAUCGCCGUCCAUCCGACCAUCGACGCGGACAUCAUCCUCGAGGAGCAGCAGCCCAACCAUUCCGAACAGCCAGAGUGUGGCGAAAACGUCGACCAAAUCGAAGGGGAAACGGUCCAAGAGUAAGAAGAAGACUUUUGUAGAAUUCCAGGUUGAACGCUCUCGUGAAAAAAUAAGGUAAGCGAAAAUUUGUCCCGAAUUGUAGUGAAAUCGUUUGGUUAACAAAACUGUGAGCAAGUCGAAAUUAGUCAAAAUAAUAUAUUGAAAAUAAAAUAUCUUUGAAAGUUUAAAUCGAGCACUGUCGAAGGCGACUUCUUCCCUAAAACAAUUAAA